CAGGGGCCACACUGAAAACCAAGUAGCGGGCAGACCCACAGUAUCUGGCACCACCAUCACAGUAAUAGGCUAGCUGAUUACAAGUGUGUGACUGAUUGUCAAGUUGAAGACCAUCACUUAGAAGGACUGCAUCAGCGGGUAACUACAACAAAGAUGGGGAACAAUGCAAUCAAAGCCCAUCUGGAAAACUCACAGAAGACUGGGAUCUUUCAGCUGACAGGGAAAGGUCUUCCCGAGGUAAGUCAUACACACACAGUGUCCAUCCUAUAGUCUGCUUGUUAAAAUGUCCGCACUCCACAACAGCCUUUUAACUGGUGCUUUGUUUAUUUAGCUGAAUUCAAUUCAGUUGUGGUUAUUGUCUUGGACGGUUUGUAUGUAUGUAUUUUUUGCCACUAAUGUAUUUCAGUUCCCUGAGGAGCUCCAGAGGUUGACUGGAAACCUACGGACUGUAGAUCUGUCCUCCAACAAGAUUGAAGUGCUACCUGCUGCCAUAGGAAACUUCCUUCAGAUGAAGAGUCUGACUUUAAACCGUAAUAAACUCAGUAAGUGGUUGUUGCAUCCUCAACGUUACCGUCUGUCACACUACAGCAUCCGUUGACAAAUUCUUGAAACUUUGCUUUCACUGAAUAAUUAAUGCCUGUUAUGUGCAUUGAUUAUUGAUGUGCAUUCAUCUGCUUCAAUCAAUCUCUAUAGCUAGGCUAUACAUUAAGUGUGUGUUUGUUUUUGUGGGUACACAGCAAGUCUCCCAGAUGAAAUUGGAAAGCUGAAGAAACUAGAGACUCUCUUGCUGAACGGGAACCACCUGACGCAGCUCCCUAGCACUGUAGGACAGUUGAAAGCGUUGCGCACCCUCAGCCUGUCAGGGAACAAAUUCCGGGAGUUUCCUGCCGGCCUUGGCUCCCUACGACACCUGGACGUCCUGGACCUGUCUAAGAACCACAUCCAGGCUGUGCCUGCUGAGGUGGCGGCCUUGCAGGCCAUUGAGAUCAAUCUCAACCAGAACCAGGUAAGCAGGUGUUUAUUGGUGCAUCUCAAAUGGCACCCUAUUCCCCAUACAUUUACAUUUUAGUCAUUUGCAUUCAUCUUAAGAAAACCAAAUAUCUCAGUCAUAGUAAGUACAUUUUCCCUCAAUAAAGUAGCUAUCAGCAAAGUCAAUGCUAGUACGGGGGAAAAGAGUCAAGUGCGAGUGUUAGUUCACGAAAGGAGAUGAGGGGUGCUGUGAAAUUAUUUAAUACGCUCUUUGAAGAGGUAGGGUUUCAUAUGUUUUUGGAAGAUGGGCAGGGACUCCGCUGUCCUAGCUUCAGGAAGUUGGUUCCACCAUUGGGGUGCCAGGACAGAGAAGAGCUUUGUCUGAGCAGGAGCUACCCUCCCGUAGGGGUUGGAGGGCCAAGAGGCCAGAGGUGGCAGAACGGAGUACUCUGGUUGGGGGGUAGGGUUUGAGCAUAGCCUGAAGGUAGGGAGGGGCUGUUCCUCUUGCUGCUCCGUAGGCAAUUACCAUGGUCUUGUAGUGGAUGCGAGCUUCGACUGGAAGCCAGUGGAGUGUGCGGAGGAGUGGGGUGACAUGGGAGAACUUGGGAAGGUUGAACACCAGGCGGGUUGCGGCGUUCUGGAUAAGUUGCAGGGGUUUGAUAGGACAAGCGGGGAGCCCAGCCAACAGCGAGUUGCCUUAGUCCAGACGGGAGAUGACAAGUGCCUGGAUUAGGACCUGCGCCGCUUCUUGUGUGAGGUAGGGUUAUACUCUACGGAUGUUGUCGAGCAUGAACCUGCAGGAGCGAGUUACUGCUUUGAUGUUUGCAGAGAACGACAGGGUGUUGUCCAGGGUCACGCCAAGGUUAUUUGCACUCUGGGAGGGGUGCAGCGUGGAGUUGUCAACCGUGAUGGAGAAGUCUUGGAGCGGGCAGGCCUUCCCCAGGAGGAAGAGCAGCAGCUCCGUCUUGUUGAGCUUGAGGUGGUGGGCCCAACAUCGAAGCUAAGUUAUCUGCCAGGCACGCAGAGAUGCGUGUCGCCACCUGGGUGUCAGAAGCGGGAAGGAGAAAAGUAGUUGUGUCAUCUGCAUAGCAAUGAUAAGAGGGACCAUAUGAGGAUAUGAUGGAGCCGAGUGACUUGGUGUAUAGAGAGAAGAGGAGAGGGCCUAGAACCGAUUCCUGGGGGACACCAGUAGUGAGAGAACGUUGUGCAGACAGAUCCUCUCCAUGUCACCUGGUAGGUGCGGCCUGCCAGGUAGGAUUUAAUCCAAGAGUGUGCAGAGCCUGAGACGCCCAGCCCUGAGAGGGUGGAGAUGAGGAUCUGAUGGUUCACAGUAUCCGCUUUGGCAGUGCGAAGAGCCUCCGUGACCUGGAGGAGUGCAGUCUCGGUUGAGUUACCCAUCUUGAAGCCUGACUGGUUAGGGUCAAGAAGAUAGCUCUGAGAGAGAUAACGAGAGUGUUUAUCAGAGAUGGCACGCUCAAGUGUGUUGGAAAAAUAAGGAAGAAGUGAUACCGGUCUGUAGUUUUUGAUGUCAGAGGGGUCAAGGGUUCGUUUCUUGAGGAAGGGAGCGAUUCUGAAGUCAGAGGGGACGCACGCAGCCAGUGGUCAGGAAUGGGAGAAGGUCUCCAGAGAUGGUCUGGAGGUGGGGAUGAGGCCAAGUGGGCAGGUUGUCGGGCGGCCGGACCUCACUAGUCGCAGGAUUUCAUCUGGAGAAAGAGAUCAAGGCAUAGGGUUCUGUGUGAGUGGGACCGGUGGACUCAAUAGGCUGAGUGAAAGAGGAGCGGAUGUCGUCUACCUACUUUUCAAAGUGGUUGACAAAGUAGUCCGUAGAGAGGGAGGGGGUGGAGGAUUAAGGAGGGAGGAGAAGGUGGAAAAUAGUUUCCUAGGGUUAGAGGCAGAAGCUUGACAUUUUGAGUGAUGGAAAGGGGCUUUAACAGCGGAUACAUAUAGUGCACCAAUUUUAACCAGGGAUCUAUUCUAGAAUCGAAUCUAUAUAAAUCUACACUGAACAAAAAUAUAAACACAACCAUUUCAAAGAUUUUACUGAGUUACAGUUCAUAUAAGGAAAUCAGUCAAUUGAAACAUGACUGUGAAUACAAAUAUGCAUCUGUUGGUCACAGAUACCUUUAAAAAAAGGUAGGGGCGUGGAUCAGAAAACCAGUCAGUAUCUGGUGUGACCACCAUUUGCCUCAUGCAGCAAAAAUCCCGCUCCUCUUCAAUGGCUGUGCGAAGUUGCUGGAUAUUAGCGGGAACUGGAACACGCUGACGUACACGUCGAUCCAGAGCAUCCCAUACAUGCUCAAUGGGUGACAUGUCUGGUGAGUAUGCAGGCCAUGGAAGAACUGGGACAUUUUCAGCUUCCAGGAAUUGUGUACAGAUCCUUGCGACAUGGGGCAGUGCAUUUUCAUGCUGAAACAUGAGGUGAUGGCGACGGAUCAAUGGCACGACAAUGGGCCUCAGGAUCUCAUAACAGUAUCUCUGUGCAUUCAAAUUGUUAUUGAUAAAAUGCAAUUGUGUUCGUUGUCCGUAGCUUAUGCCUGCCCAAACCAUAACCCCAUCCCACCAUGGGGCACUCUGUUCACAACAUUGACAUCAGCAAACCGCUCAUCCAAACAACGCCACACACACCGUGAAGAGCACACUUCUUCAGUGUGCCAGUGGCCGUCGAAGAUUAACAUUUGCCCACGGAAGUCGGUUAUGACGUCGGACUGCAGUCAGGUCUAAACCUUGGUGAGGACGACGAGCACACAGAUGACUGUUUCUGACAGUUUGUGCAGAAAUUCUUCGGUUGUUCAAACCACAGUUUCAUCAGCAGUCCGGGUGGCUGGUCUCAGACGAUCCCGCAGGUGAAGACGCCGGAUGUGGAGGUCCUGGGCUGGCGUGGUUACACGUGGUCUGUGGUUGUGCGGCUGGUUGGACGUACUGCCAAAUUCUCUAAAACAAUGUUGGAGGCGGCUUAUGGUAGAGAAAUGAACAUUCAAUUCUCUGGCAACAGCUCUGGUGGACAUUCCUGCAGUCAGCAUGCCAAUUACACGCUCCCUCAACUUGAAACAUCUUUGGCGUUGUGUGACAAAACUGCACAUUUUAGUGACCUUUUAUUGUCCCCAGCACAAGGUGUACCUGUGUAAUGAUCAUGCUGUUUAAUCAGCUUCUUGAUAUGCCACACCUGUCAGGUGGAUGGAUUAUCUUGGCAAAGGAGAAAUGCCCACUAACAGGGAUGUAAACACGUGUGCACAAAAUGAGAGAAAUAAGCUUUUCGUGCGUAUGAAACAUUUUGGGGAUCUUUAAUUUCAGCUCAUGAAACAUGGGACCAACACUUUACAUGUUGCGUUUUAUAUUUUUGUUCAGUGUAUAUAAAUGAUUAUCCCAGAUUUCAGUGGUGUCUGCGGAGGUGUCCACCUGCCAGAGGCUGAAGGUGCUGAGACUGGAGGAGAACUGUCUGGAGCUUGCCUCCAUCCCCGUGUCCAUCCUCACCAACUCCCAGGUGUCCCUGCUCUCUGUGGAGGGCAACCUGUUUGAGGUGAAGAAUAUGCGGGACCUGCAAGGGUAUGAGAAGGUGAGUCGUGAAACAGAAACAGCUCGUUGCCAAAUGAACGGUCAAGGUUAAAGCAAAGAACAGUCAAGAUGCUGCACUAGGCUGUCUUAAUAUCUAUUGUAAACAAAACAGCUCAUGCAUUUCAAACUCAUCGGUUUGAAAUAUCUUUCCUCCCCAUUGUUGACGUAAUUUUUUUGUGAGCAGCGUAGAAACAAAAUACUGUUUCCCAAGAGUGGUGGGCUAGCUCAACAAUAAUGGGAUUUCCUGUUCAACGUAAGGAGGAUCAACUAAAGAAAGUUGUGGCUCAGACAGCUCUGGUAUUCUUUUUCAGUCAUAAUCCCUGCACUUGACAUAGUCUAUGGUCAAAUGUAGCCCCAACCACUAAAUAUGACCACCUGCCUAUUAUAAUAUUCAAAACUUAGACCACCAUUCAGUUCUUACUCAAAGGGCUUAUCUCAUAGUUGUCAUUUUAUCCGUGGUGUCCCAGCCUCAGAUGUGCCUAUUGUUGAUCUAAUUUGUUGUUUACCCCACAGUACAUGGAGCGCUUCACUGCAACCAAGAAGAAAUUUGCCUGAUCAAUAGAAAGAGAGCAUCCCGAUGAGUCCAGCUUGUGAACUACCCUCAAGCACCCUCUCUGAAUGGUUGUGGCUUACCACAGUAAAUAUGGCUUCUGCACUGCUGCGGCAACAGGUAACAACAAAGGAGAAGGACCACCAUAGAGAAGGAGGACUGAUCGAGAGCAUGCUACAGAACUGCGUAUGAAAGCAACAGGACACCAUUGAUGGUUACAGAGAACUAUGUGAACGAUGGACAGUGCACUCACUUUUAUGAUAUUCAUAAAUUGCAUCUUGAAUACUUAGCUACUAAUUUCUGACCAAAAUGUUGUCUUUAGUUAUUAACCAAAGCAGGUUAUGCUUAAAUAGUACAGUGGGCUAAAAUGGUCUAUACUGGCUUUUAAUUGCCUCUAAACUAUUACACACACACUACAAUAGCUGCAGAAGGCAAACUCCUCUGCUUAGUAUCGAGCAGUGUAGAUUGUCCAAGUGUUAACUGUUUUGCCUGUCAGAGAUGGUACCUGUGCCGGUGGGCAGCAAGCGAAUUAAAGCUGUAGUACAGAGUCACAGAAUGUCAAAGCAGUGACUGUUGCUCUACAUAGACCCAGAAUGAGAGAACUCCUUUAUGCACAGAGGUUUGCUUACUCUGUGGAUCUGGAAUGGGCAGUCAUAUUUUCUGGUGCUAGGGUCCUGGCCAUUUAUUUUCAGUUGAAGAAGGCUCCGCAUCUGCAAGCCGUGCAUAACGCCCUGGACCAGAGCUUAUUUUUCUGGUGCUGGGAAAGAAUGAAGAAAAGCACAGCGGUAAUGUAAACCAACCCAUUCGACUCUUAGCAUGCAUACUCUUUAUAUUAUUAUGAAAUGCUUGGUAGUCUUAUUUGGACUUGAUUUGUAUUAUUUAUUAUCUUCAGUUG